AUGAACACUAAAGACUUAGAAAAACAAAUAGAAAUUUUAAAGAAGUGUCAGUUGUUAGGAGAAAAAGAAGUGAAAAUUUUAUGUAACGAAGCAAAAGCUUUAUUAAUAAAGGAAGAAAAUAUUAGAUAUGUAGAUUUACCAGUUAUAAUAUGUGGGGAUAUACAUGGGCAGUUUCAUGAUUUGAAAGAAUUAUUUAAUAUAGGUAAUGAAUUACCAGAAGUGAACUAUAUAUUCUUAGGAGAUUAUGUAGAUAGAGGAAAAUAUAGUAUUGAAACAUUUUUAUUAUUACUAGCAUUAAAAAUAAGGUACCCUGAUCAAAUAACAUUAAUAAGAGGAAAUCAUGAAAGCAGACAAAUUACUGAAGUGUAUGGUUUUUAUGACGAAUGCAUAAAAAAGUAUGGAUCAAUUAAUGUAUGGAAAUAUUGCACAGAAGUUUUUGAUUAUUUGUCAAUUGGAGCAUUAAUUGAAAAUAAUUAUUUUUGUAUACACGGUGGACUAUCACCAUAUUUUGAUAAAAUUGAUGAAUUAAAAAAAAUAAAAAGAUUUCAAGAAAUUCCUAGAAGUGGGUCGUUAUGUGAUAUUAUGUGGUCAGAUCCAUCAGAUAAAAAUGGAUGGGACAAAAGUCCAAGAGGAGCAGGAUAUUUAUUUGGACCUGACACAGUUCAUAAAUUUUGUCAUGUUAAUAAUAUUGAGAUAAUAGCUAGAGCUCACCAAUUAGUUAUGGAAGGCUAUAAAUGGUGGUUUAAUAGAAAAUUGGUGACUGUAUGGUCAGCACCUAAUUAUUGCUAUCGUUGUGGAAAUUUAGCUAGUAUAAUGGAAAUUGAUGAAAAUUCUAUUUUUAAUUUUAAAUGCUUUGGACCAUCUGAUAUUGAAAAUAAUUCAAAUGAAUUUGUUAAAAAAUACCCUCCUAUAUAUUUCUCUUAA